UUUCUUGACCGUAAUUCGAAUUUUGAAAUUCGUUAACGUCCGUGUUGAAUUUGCUGCUGAAGUUAUUGUUGAAUUUGUGAUUUCUGUGAGAAGUUUUAUUGAAAAUUUGUAUUGAUUAAAGCGAAAAACGGUUGUAGUUUAACUUUACUGGUGCUGGUGACUAGAUACGUUGAAGAAGGAACAAUUUGUCGAAGGGUCUUUGUGCAAGACAAAGUUAAAAAUUGAUUUGGUACCAUGUCGAGAGACAUCUAUUAUUCAGAGAAAUAUUACGACGAAGAACAUGAAUAUAGACAUGUGGUUCUGCCAAAAGAGAUGGUCAAGCUGGUGCCCAAGAACCAUUUGAUGUCGGAGCAGGAAUGGCGCAGUAUUGGCGUCCAGCAGAGCCAGGGAUGGGUGCAUUACAUGACACAUCAACCUGAACCCCACAUACUGCUGUUCAAAAGAAAGAAGACUACACCACCAGAAAAGAAGUAAAUACCAUAGCGAGUUCACUGAGGUUCUCAAUGUACAGUUCUUACCUGGAUAGUUGUAGGGUAGAUUAAGUUGCAGCCCAUGACAAGCAAUAUUACCAAUAGCCAUAUUAUAUGUAAGCUCAAGAUAAUGUGAUUUUUUGUCAUCUUAAGAUAGCAGUCUAUGUUGUAACAAUGAAAGUGCAUCAAGCUUUGGGCCUAGAUAUUGUGAAUUUGUUAAGUCUGAACUGGACAGCUAAAUGUAAACCGGCUCCUUAAAUACUAAUUGUUGAUGAAGUGACAUAUAAAAGCAGGUAAACAAUUAUGACACAAUUGUCUCACAAAAUUGAAAUUUGUAAAUUUCUUCAAACAUUUUGGUUACAAGUUAUUGUCACUUCAUCAAUAACAAAUAUUUUGUUUCUGAAAUGUGACCAAUGAUACAUUUGUAUUACUCGACAUGUGUCUGUUUGUCAUGGGUAUCAAGAUCUUCAUUCCUUAACAUUUAAGUUCGUUUUCUUCAUAAUAAGUCAUUAUUGUUUAAGUUUGUUUCGAGAAAAUACUUGUUCCAUCAAACUUCACCAUUUGUAUGUUAAGUACCCUUUUGAGUGUUAAAGCAAUACAAGCUUUGCAUAUCAGUUAUGAUAGGAUAAUAAGAUCA